CACAUUACUUUACACACCAUCACACUCGAUCUUCAAAAUCAUCAAAAUACCACAAAGUGCUACAGAUUUUACUGCUAGAGAAACUUGCAAAUUCCCCACAAUGGCGAAGGAUGGUGGUUCAUUCAUGUCAUUUGUUUCAGAGUCAGAAAUUGACGAGAAGCGGAAAAAAAGACAGGAAGAAUGGGAAAAAGUUCGCACCGAAGAUCAGCCGCAAGAAUGUCCUGAAGAGGAUACCGACAUGAGAUGCCUCUACGACAAACUUCAAGAACAGAAUGACAAGAAGCAAGAAGAUUUUGAAGAGCAAUUCAAAUUCAAGAACAUGGUGAGAGGUAUUGACGAAGAAGAGAGUAAAUUUCUUGACGAGGUCGCCGACCGCCAGAUGGAGCUAGAGACGAGACGGUGGAAGGAAGAGAACGAGAUGGUUGCAGAGAUCAAACAGUACACAGAUAGGGUGAUACCAAUUGAUGACACAAAGAAACGAGUGAGCGUCAAACCACAGUCUGCAGCAGAGGUUUCAGCAACGGCUAAGACGGGGACGUCAUCUACGAGUAGGAGGUCUCAAGCAACACUCCUAGCUGGAGCCGUUAAAAGAAAGAGGAACACUUCAGAAGGGACAAAUGGAGAGGAGAAGAAAGCCAAAAGUGCCCCGUCAACUUCCACAAAUCCAAAACCGUUGUCACAAAGUCCAACAGAGUUGCUGCAAGACUCAUCAAGUGAAUCAGUUACUACCAACGAUGUAGACAGACCAGCUCGUAGUGUUAACGACAAGGCCCAUGUAGUGAGCAUCCUACCCGGACUCGGCUUCUAUACUAAUAGUAGUGACUCCGAUACAUCAAGUAGCGACUCUGAAGUAGACUUGCUUAACUCUGUCAUCCACAGGGCGGUUAAAAAGAAAAGUUGUCACUCCUCUUAGUGAAUCAGAAACGGGAGACUAGAACAAUUAAUGCGGACUUCGGCUCCAAAGGGAUGAGAAGUUCCUGACUUUUAUCUGAAUUCAGAUGUUUAAAAGUCUGCCUGGAAGUUUCUGACUUUUAUCUGAAUCCAAUACAUCUAGCAGGUUUACUACCAGUGACUCUGAAGUGGACUUGCUUAACUCUGUCAUCCACAGGGCAAUCAAAAAGAAAAGUUGUCACUCCUCUUAGUGAAUCAGAAACGGGAGACUAGAACAAUGAAUGCGGACUUCGGCUCCAAAGGGAUGAGAAGUUCCUGACUUUUAUCUGAAUUCAGAUGUUUUAAAGUCUGCCUGGAAGUUUCUGACUUUUAUCUGAAUCCAAUACAAUCUAGCAGGUUUACUACUAGCGACUCUGAAGUGGACUUGCUUAACUCUGUCAUCCACAGGGCGAUUAAAAAGAAAAGUUGUCACUCCUUUUAAUGAAUCAGAAAUAGGAGACUAGAACUAUAAAUGCGGGCUUCAGCUCCACAAGAAUGAGGAGUUACUGACUUUGAUCUGAAUUCAGAUGUUGUAAAAUCUGCCUGGAAGUUCCUGACUUUUAUCUGAAUCCAAUACAUCUAGCAGGCUUACUAGCAGCGACUCUGAAGUGGACUUGCUUAACUCUGUCAUCCUCACACCGAAAAGUUGUCACUCCUCUUGGUGAUCAGAAACGGGAGACUAAAACACUGAAUGCGGACGAUGUUUUAAAAUCUGCCUGGUUAUCACAACAUGCUGUGUUUGUCUGAGAACUAAAUAAGCAAGGCUCUUUGAUCUACUUCUCUAGUCCUGCGGAUACUGUACCCAAAAACUCCUUGGAAUCGAUAACUCCUUGGGGUCAUCAAAAGUUGGACAUCAAGCCUGGACUUACAGAUAGGCCAUGGCGGCAAGGCAAUGGCCUUUGUUGCCACUGGUCUUGGCCUUGGUGCCCUUCAGAAGUUUCUCAUUGACUUUAAGAGUUUCCAAUAGAAGUGCCCUUUGCAAAAUGAAAAUGCCCUGCCCUUUCAGCAUGUUCAAAGAUGAAAAUGCCCCAAUGAACCUCCUAAGAUCUGGACUUCAAGUUUUGUUGUCUGCAUUUACUCUCAGCUCUGGUUCCAAUUUCUCCAAAAUCCUACUCAGAAAGAUGUCUGAUUUUAGGACUGCAGGUUUAAAGAUGCUGGACACUAUUGGUACAUGUAGUUGUCAAAGACCUCAACAUAUGCACAAAAUAACAGACUUGUGAAAAU